AUGGCAGGCAAGAGAAAGAACAAGACCUCCUCCAAGGCUCGUCGCCAGGCGCCGAGAUUCUUUCCUCCCCUCAACGCCUCCGAAACACCUAACCAACUCGCCGGAUCGCAGGACCAAGCUGCAGGAUCCGAAGAUCAAGUUGAGGCAACACCCAGCCAAGCUCAAGUUGCAUCGAUCCAAUUUGGAGAGCCCCAAAGCCCAAUCAGAGUCAAGAUGCCACCAACCGAAGCUGCUGCGGUUCCACCAGCCCAGCCUGGAGGAUCCCAGGCGAUGCCGUCCUCGAGCAGCCAGGUCCCGGCCGCACCAACAACCCAGGACGCAGCAUCCCUCAAGGCCGAGCGUGACCGCCUCAACCUCAGGAUGAAGGACAACGCGUGGAACCGCGCCCUCUUGACCACCCAGAUCAAGCAGACCCAGCGCGACAUCAUGCGUACCAAGCUCCUUGGCACCUACGAGAAGCGCACCGGCGACUUGCUCUCCGAGUUCAUCCUCAAGCUGCACAAGCGGGAGCGGGAGCUGGAGCAGCUGGAGGUUGAGCAGAAGAAGCUCGAAGCUGCGGAGAAGGAGAAGAAGUGA